AGUGAUGUUUAGCUCAAACUUCUCUUAUUUGUUUCAAUCAACAUAAAGUUCAUUUUUUUAAGCAAAGUUGUUUUUUUUUUGUUUUUGAAUUUUUUGAUUUUUUUUUUGAAUUUGUUGAAGAGAAAGUGUGUUUUGUUUCUGGGUUUUUGUUGGAUGUAUUUGUUCUGUAACAAGUUGAAGACUUGGCUAGUAAAUAUGCUGCAAAAUAUGAAUGCUCUUUUGUGUUGAGUUGAUUUGGUGUUUGAUUGGUAAACACAAUGACGGAUAAGAAGAGAUGGUUAUGGAAGCGAAAGUCUUCCGAGAAGAGUCCGGGCGAAGCUGAGAGUUCAGGAUCAGUUUCCUCUCAUUCUGAGAAGUUUUCUGAUGAACAGCAGGAAGUAUCAAAGGAAUCUUCCAAUGGAAGCAAUUAUUCACCUGAUGUCACCUCAAAAGCUGUAGCUUGUGCUGAAGAUGUUGAUGAUUGUUCAGUUAUCAAUGAACAACUUCCCGAUGACAUUGCAUCAACACCUUUACCUACUACAUGCAUCAUAAAUGGUGGUUCAUCAGAGGUAGAUGCAAAUGGAGAAAAUGAAAAUAAAUCAAAUGAAAAAGAAGAUGAUCUAAAUGAUGGUUCGAGGGAUAUAUCUGAGAAGCUAUCUGCUGCUAUUGUUAAUAUAUCGAAUGGAAAAGAAGAAGAUCUAAAUGACGGGUCGAGGGAUAUAUCUGAGAAGCUAUCUGCUGCUCUUGUUAAUGUCAAUGCCAAAGAAGACUUGGUUAAACAGCAUGCAAAAGUCGCUGAAGAAGCCAUAGCAGGCUGGGAAAAGGCUGAAAAUGAAGUAGCAGUUUUAAAGAAGAACCUUGACACAGUCACUCUCAGGAAUUCAUCUCUUGAAGAUAGAGUCACUCAUCUAGAUGGAGCACUUAAGGAGUGCGUUAGGCAGCUAAGACAAACAAGAGAAGAGCACGAAGCGAAUAUCCAAGACGCCGUAGCCGAAAAGACUCACGAAUUGGAAUCAGACAAAGUUAAACUCGAGAGCAAGCUCGUUGAGCUCCAGAAGAAAUUAGAUGCUUCAAAUACCAAAUCUUCUAUUGAACGUGAUAUGCGUCAAAAGGUCGAAUGGUUGGAGACUGAGAAUAUGGCUCUCAGGCACGAGAUCCUAGUUCAAUCGGAAGAGCUGAAAAUCAGAACUGUUGAGAGGGAUUUGAGCACCCAAGCAGCCGAGACAGCUAGUAAGCAACAUUUAGAAAGCAUCAAGAAAGUAGCCAAGCUUGAGUCUGAGUGUCGGAGAUUGAAGACAAUAGCUUCAAAAGAUCAUAAAUCCAUUGCUUCAUCCUCAUUUUGCGUUGAAUCUCUCACAGAUAGUCAGUCGGACAGUACGGAGAGGCUAACUGCGGUGGAUUGUGAUAUCCUCAAGAUGAAUGGUUCAGAAAACAGGUGUGAACCAAGUUGUUCUGACUCGUGGGCGUCUGCGCUAAUUGCCGAGCUUGAUCAAUUCAAGAAUGAAAAGUGCUGCCGACAAGCUGAUCCAUCAAGUUCUCUUAAAAUAGAUCUGAUGGACGAUUUUCUUGAAAUGGAACGACUCGCUGCAUUGCCUGAGACUAAGAACGCAAGCAGCUUUGUUGAGGAGUUGGUUGUUGCCGAUAAAUGCGUUGACAAAGAAAGUACUCUCAGAGCUGAAUUUGACAUCAUGACUCAGCAAAUGGAUGAACUAAAAGGGAAGUUAGAGAAGGUGCAAGCAGAUAAAGCUGAACUAGAGAUAGCUUUGAUGAAAAGUGAAGAGUGUAUCGAGGAGUCGCAUCUUCAGUUAAAGGAGGCAGUUCAGAAAUUGGAGGAGCUUCAAAUUGAGCUAGAAAAUGCCUACAAAUCAAAGCAAACGAUAGAAAAUCGCCUAAUGAGCAUGGAGGCAGACUCUCACACGCUAUCUUCCAAGGUCAACUUAUUAGAAGCAGAGGUUGAUAAGGAAAGGGCUUUGUUGCAUGAAAUUGUGAUGAAGUGUAAGGACCUGGAGGAAGAGUUAGAAAGCAAGUCUGCAAUGCUUGGCUUAUUAGAAGCUGACGUUGAUAAGGAGAAGAACAUGUCACAUGAAAUUGCAAUAAAAUGUGAGGGUCUAGAGGAAGAGCUAGAAAGCAAAUGUGCAAAGCUUGAAUUGUUAGAAUCAGAGAUUGUUAAGGAGAGGGCUGCGUCAGACGAAAUUGCGGCCAAGUGUAAGGACCUGGUGGAAGAGUUUGAAAGGAAAUGUGCGAAGGUUGAUUUCUUAGAAGCAGAGGUUGAAAAGGAGAGGGCCAUGUCUGAAGAAAUUGCAGUGAAGUGUAGGGAAUUGGAGGAAGAGAUACUCAGGCCAACAGCUAGCUUGUAUGGAGAAAAGAAAAUCAAGCAGGAGGACCUAGCACUCGCUGCCGGAAAGCUUGCCGAAUGCCAGAAAACAAUAGCAUCUUUGGGGAACCAGCUGAAAUCCCUGGCCACACUUGAGGAUUUCCUUAUUGACACUGCUAGCAUUCCCGCAAGUCCAGCAAUCAUUGCUCAUGCUGGUGGAGAGAUGUGGAGGAUGCAUUCAAAUGGCACAUUUUCACCUAAGAGAGACUCCACUUCUUCUAGGUUGGCUGAUGGUAGCUCCGGUGCUUCCCUGAACAAAUAUGAGGAAAGCUCACCACUUUCAUCGACUUCUUCUACUUCAUCAGCGACCUUGCCAAAUCACGCCAGUUCUGAGAAGGGUCGAAUUGGUUUCGCAAAAUUUUUCUCGCGAACCAAGAGUGGUAUUCGGCUAGAAAUUUAGAUUAAACAGAAGUAGUUAUUCUUUUACUCCGUUGUAGACAGAUUCAUUUUGUCAUUCAAUGAAAAGACCCAACUACACUCAGUUUAUUUGCAUAAA